UAAGAUCUGUUCUUAUCUUGAAAACAUCCACUCUCGCACUCUCCCAAAACUUCCUUUGCCAUCUCCGUUCUCUCUCUAGGGUCUGGUUCGCUGGGCACGUUUCCUCGGGCUACUAUUCACUGCCGUAACUAAACCCAUGCUUUCCUCUUGAAUUUGUUGGAUUUUUGGUGCGAUCCUUGGAGCUCUAGGAUCGUUUUGGGCAGGGCAACUCAUUUCUCAGCUCAAUUUGACGUUUUGGAAGCUGGAUAGGGCAAGAAUCGCAGGUCAACCCUCACGGGUCACUGUUCACCUGCGACUUUUGAAUGUUGAAUUCACCUCGGUUCAAGCUUGUUUGAAGGCAGAUUUUUGGGGGAUUAUGGGCGACAUGGGAUGCUCUCUCAACACCUUAGAUUGGAUUUCCAUUCCAAUUCAAAGAGAUUGUGAUUUGAGCAAAAUUUGGGUUCUUCGUCACUUUUCACAGCGCUGAAGUGAACCCCAGAGUGCUCUACUGGUCUGGGCUGUAUUGGGCUCGUUUUGCUUGCUUUUUGAGGGUAAUACUGAUUGAAUGAGGGUAUAUUUUUGCUACUUAACUUUAAAAACAUGUGAAAAAUUGAAAAUGGUGGCCUUCCACACGGUACUAUUGCCUAUUUUUAUGGUGGCUGUAGCACAAGUUUAAUUAAAAUUGAAUGAAAUCAAUGGUUUUUCCCUCUAUUCUUUUGGUGACUAGCUUCAUGUGCCAACAUUGAGGUUGAGCAGCAGGCAACAGCCCAAAGCAAAAUCAUUACCAAUUGCAAUGUAACAAAGCUAAAGAGACAAGAAUCAGCUAAGAUGGGAGACUACCUGAAUAAGCUGCUCAGCCGUUUGAACUUGAGGUAUAGUUUCACAGGUAUAUUUCCGAUCACACACAGGGGUGGUGGUGAUGAUCUCCACCGGCGACAAGGUAGCAGCGGCGAGAAGGCGGGGGGAGUGGCCUCCAUCUUUUCCGGAGAAACAGUGGGGAGUCCAGCAAGCCUCCUCUACUCCGGCGAAAAUAGCAGCAAAGGUGUCUAGAAGGCAGGCCGGCGACGCCGGCGUUUGGGCAGCAACUCCGGCAAAAUCUGCUAUAUCUGCAAUGUCUCUUUUCACUACCCAAUCGCCAACUAGAGUUGCUAUAACCUCAUCGGGGUCAAAGAAAGGAGAUCGAUUUGUGGCUGAUCUUAAUAUUAAGCUUAAGAGUAGAGAUAAGAAGUAAACACUAAAAACUUAGAGAUGUUAAUUACAAGUUCAAUUCAACUAGAUCAAUUAGAACUAAAUUUUGAAAUCUUGACAUUUUGAAAGCUUGACAUCUGCUAG